GACUUGGAUGAAUGUACCACUGGUUCUCAUUCCUGUGACGUUAAUUCCGUUUGCCAGAAUAACGCGGGUUCAUACACAUGUUCGUGUAAUGCCGGGUACACAGGAGAUGGAAAAACCUGCAAUGGUAUAUUAGAUUAUAAGUAAACUGAGGCCGCGUCCACACGAAUCGGGGCACUUUGAAACUACAUAUCUUUUUACCCAGUUAAACCCAAACCCAAACCCAAACCCCCCAAAUCCAAACCCCCCAAACGGGGUCUUAAACCACUCUGAGCGGUUUUAAAAAGAUUCGGUUUCGGUGAGCGGAUUAACUGGUUUCGUGUUGACGGAAUGCCGAUUCGUGUAACAAAAAGGCAAAAGGCAAUAGGCAGUUCUCAAAAAUAUCCGGUUCGUGUGGACGGAUUCUGAGAAGGCAAUAAAGUCAAACAAUGGCUGAAGGGUGCAAUUCCUACGCGGUGUGAAAUAAACCCUUAACACUGUCACCUGAUGACUUGUUUCGCAUAAAAAAAAAUGGAUACUUUGACCUUAGCGACCAGGUGUAAACCAUCAGGUAGAUAAUUCAAAAUACUUCUGCGUUUCUGAUUGCGUAUUCCCCCCGCUAAUUUUUCAAAACCAGCUACCGUUAACCAAAUGUGGAAGAUGUUUGCAGAUAUCCUCAGAGAUGAGACUUGUAAGACAUCCUCGGAGACCUAGGGGCAGUUAGUUACGCCGUUUCUCUCGACUCGACUGAGGCCCCGGCUAUACGAAUCCAAUUGCAAAAACCGCAUACAUUUCUUUACACAACUGUACUCGUAUGGACGAGACCUUAAACCUAUCUGGAGCGCGGUUUAAAAAAGAUGCGGCUUCGGUGAAAGGAUUCAUAGGUUUUACGUGGACGAAAGGACGGUUCGUGCUAAAAAAAAUAUGGCUGUUCCAAAAAUAUCCGGAUUUGUGUGGAACCUGGCUUGACUGCCCCUGGGUUCCCAAGAAUUUUAACGGUUAAUUAUUGAUCUACAAAGGACAGCCGAAGGCUUGGUAGUUCGGUUUUGGUAAUGCUGGAGAAAAUGGCGAAGAAAAAAAAAAGAGAGCCGAACUACUGCCUAACGGCAAAGCAAACAAACAGCAAACAUACCACUCAACCGAUGACAGCUCCUUAUGAAGAUAAAUAUUUUCCGGCUAGACUAAACGCGCCCUUAUAUCCUGAAUUCUCCGAGGAAGAGGCAAAUGUUAUGCAGACGAAACUUUACAUCGAUGAAGAAAAGCAUGAUUUAAAGUUUUGAAAUACCUUCAAUCACAGGGUCCAAAGGAGUUUCGUGCGAAUAAAUGAAUUACUUACUGUCUCACCUUGAAAAAUGUGUAUACCUGUCGCUUAGCACGAUUAAUUAGCCCAAUGGGAUCUUAAUGAAUCUACUGUAAACGAUUUCUUCGCUUCUUAUCUGACCCAGAUCGACUUUGUUCUAACGACAAACACAUCUCCUCUGGACCCUGUGCUUCAAUUAAUAAAAAAAAUGUUUGAUUCUGCUUUGUAUGAUAUGAAGAAUUAUGCAGGUCUCGAGGGGUGGGGAGUGGAGGGGAAGGGGGAAAGAGUAAGGAAGUCGAGUCCAAUAAUUGCUGAAUAAUUGAUCAAAGUUACGCUGACUGCCAUCAGGCAUAAUAUGCAAAAUCUCUUAUCUUUACGCUAAGCUUCACUACAUUUUCCCAGAUAUGGACGAGUGUUCUUCCAACGCCCAUAGCUGUGGCGUCAAUGCGGUGUGUAACAAUACUCUUGGAUCGUAUGCAUGCGCAUGUAAAGCAGGAUAUUCAGGAGAUGGAAGAACAUGCACUGGUAAGGCGCUUUGAUCUUUUUCUAAAGGUGACAUAUAAGAAAGGGAACACUGUCAAUGACUCCUGUAAACUUGUUAACUCGAGUACAGACGGAAAAGGUUUUUGGUAGGUCAGACAACAACAAAACCAACAACAGAAACAAUCAUAUACUUUGUUUAAAGGAGUCAACUUCGAGUACCGGCUGCAUGGUAUAGCCAUUAGACAGCCAUUAGUAGCGAGGUUGCCAGCUGAUGUGAUCAUUAAAUGAAAAUAACCCAUGAAGCCUGUAAGCAGCAGUCUUUCACGUGCAGGGUCGGGGGCGCUGGUUUCGGGACGAGGGCGGGGGGAGGGGUGGAGGGUAUGCAGGUGGGACCGUUAUGAUUAGGAGUAUUAUCAUAGAUUAGGGAGUGCCUUCGACAUGGGUAAUAGGCGGAUAGUAAAGGAGCUGAAGCAUAUUGUGAACUUUGAGACGUGGGGAGUUUUAGUUCAUAAACCCGGUUGGAUAACAGAAUUAGCAGUUUGUUUUUUCCGGUGACAAAGUUUUGAUAAAUAGCAGAGACAGGAUCAAAGCAUCAUUCAAGGUACUUUUAUCGCAACUCCUUCUUCUUUGUGAAACUUUGGAGAGCUCUUUGCAAAGAAGAAUAAACGUGAACACGAUGCACUUGACGGGUCCACGAAAAUUGGCAGUAGCCUUUCAAACUCUAGCCUAAGAAAACAGCCGACAUUUCGAGACGCUACUAAUGGUUUUCCCGGGAAAUGACGUCUGAGAAAGAAUAGAAUUUCUUUCCUUUACUUACUUAACUACGUUCACAGCUUGACAACGAAAGGGAAACGUUUUUGCGAUGAAAAGUCCUGAAAAUAGAGCGGUGCGCAACGAAAGAAAAACGCACGCGACCCACCCACGAGAAUUGAUUGGCUGCAAAGGCUGAGAGUACGCAUUGGAUAAAAGGCCCUGCAGAAAAUAUAUCUGGGAGCGCCAUUUUAGUAACCAUAGGAAUGUUUGGAAGGUCAAAACGUCCUGGCUAGAUCGUGUACAGGACACCCAAAAAAGAGAAACAGCCAACCACACACAAAAUUGGGGGUUACAUUCUAGUCGAACGCAAAAAUGCUUCGAAAAAAUAGAUUUAGUUUAGAAAAAAAUGAAAUGUUAUUGUCGUCGAAAAACUCAAUGCAUGAUUGUGUUUUCCGCUUUUCUUGAAGCACUCUGAAUUUCGCGUUUCUCUUUUUUCUUUCCAAUCUAGUAGGUUUUGGAUAGCCUGCGAUCCUUUGCUCAUCAGUUUACAACAAUUCACCAGCAGCCUCUUUGAGGUCAUGAGAUUGCAUGCUCGAUGAUAUGUCGGGUUCAUGCAGCGGUUUCUAUUAGGCGCAUGUACGUGAUGAAAACACUUAUCACCUCAACUAAUAGCUUACACGGGCCUAAAAACACAGAACAAACGCACGGAAAUUUGCCAGUGUGAACGGGCCUUUACAACGUACUUUAGGAACCCUAGGAGUAAGGCCGCCACCUACCCCUCACCCCCCGGGCGUUCCUUUUUCCAUGAAAUUAAAACUUGUCAAGACAGUACAAACUCAAACAAUGUGAGUGCGUUAUGGUUAUUGUCCAGUAACUGCAACGAUUGUUGAAACCUGUUUUAAUCAAGCUCAUGUUAUUUCAGUCCGUCUUCCUUGUAUCCUGCUACCUCUUCGCUAGGAAAAUGGGCGUGACUUAAAAAAUACUUAUUGUUAUUUUGUUUAUUUCCAGAUAUUGACGAGUGUGCUAGCGGUACAGAUGACUGUCACAGUUCACGUGCUUCAUGUACAAACACGGUGGGAUCCUUUAAUUGUUCAUGUAACAGUUCUUACAUUGGAGAUGGCAGAACUUGCAACAUAUCAUCAGGUAAUUGGGAAAAGACAAUGAGGAUAAUAUAAUAAGGAAAAUUUUUAUUUAAUACCAAACCCGUACACUAGUGAGUGAUGUACCUUACGCUGACCUUGGCUGCUUGAACGGGGUUUUACGUUUAAAAUACGUUGGGGUUUAAAAGAAAAGCUUUUGAGACUGUCGACCACUGUUGGGAAUACCCUUGAUUGUUAACGAAGUCCUGCAGGAAACGGCCUUCGGAGGGGACAGUAUACAGCUCGACUUGUGGGCAAGUCUACUUUAAUGCAAUUUCUACUAUUACUCUCUGUUUUCUUCCUGUGUUGUUGUUUGUAAACAGUGAGGGUGUAGAGGAGAAUUUAAGAAAUGAAAAGUUCCCCUUUUUUACCUCGAGCUGAUGUAGAAUAAAUGAAACGUUGCAAAACAGUUAAGCAUAAAACGAUUUCCAAUGCUUAGCGACUGGUGUUCUUUUUCUUCUUUUGUGUCAGAAUGUCAGAAUUAUGGGAGUCUAAACAGCGGAACCCGAAGGACUACGUACAGCUACGGCUAUUAUUGUGAUAGCAGUCUCGGCCCUGGAUGGUUCCGUUUCCAGGGGUCUGCCGGCACAAGAAUGGCAACAUCAUGUACAUCUUACAAAAGGUGUGGUACCUAUUAUACUGGCUGGCUAAGUGGAGGACACCCCACAGUAGCGGCUGGUCAGGUCACCAGGACGGUGUAUUUUAGAAGUUAUUACAGCUGCUAUUAUUACUCAACAAGUAUCAAAGUGAGAAACUGUGGUUCAUAUUACGUGUACUAUCUUAGUGGUACACCUGCUGGUUGUUAUCUUCGUUAUUGUAGCACUUACUAG